CUUCCUUGUCUUCUCCCACUCCCACUCUUCUCACGGCCAAUGGCAGGUAGUGGCCUCUCCCCAACCGUCCUACUUCUUGCCUUGCAGAUUGGCACCCGUCUCUUUACCUUCAUUAUCAACCAAGCCUCCAUCAGAUGGAGCGAUCCUAGCAUAUAUGGGGCGGCGCAUAUUCACCUGGAGCUGCUCCUCUCCGUCGUCCUCUUCCUAUCGCGCGAGGGGAUCAGGGGAGCUUCGCUGCGACGCCAAUCGAGCAAGGGCAGCACCGAUGAGGACAAGACGAACGUCGCAAGCAACAAUUUGAGCCUCCUGCCCAUUCCUCUCGGAAUCGCUCUUGCUUCAAUUGCCCUUCCCCUCUUCCUCCGCACCUCGACCGACCUAGCUUCUCAACCCUACUUCACAGAAGUCAUCUACCUCUACCUGGCCUCAUCCCUCCUCGAGCUGGCGGCCGAGCCACUUUAUCUGCAUGCUCUGUCACCGCAAGGAGGCAGGGACAUCUCUCUCCGAGUGAGGGCAGAGGCGCUGGCGGCUAUUGCGAAGGGGGUCGUGACGCUGCUGGGCUUGGUGAGUCUUGAUGAGAAGGCGGGGCUGCUAGCAUUUGGACUCGGACAGCUAGCCUACGGAUCAACAGCUCUGGCCACUUUCUGGCUAUCGUACAUCGGGAGGAUCGGUCUGCGCCCUACCUUCGCUCUCUAUAUCCUCCAGCACUCCCACACCAAAAGCGAAGCGUCAAGCUCCUCAUCCUCUUCCGAGACAUCCCGCCUGGCCCUCUCCCUCACCGUCCAGUCCUUCUUCAAACACCUCCUCACCGAAGCGGACAAAGUCGCCGUCUCUCGUCUGGCCAGCCUAGAGGAUCAGGGCGGUUACGCCCUCGGAACCAACUACGCAUCAUUGCCGCUGCGGCUCCUCUUUCAGCCGUUAGAGGAGUCUUCGAGAUUUCAAUUUUCGAAGGACUUGGGGGGCGCCGGGACAGGAGAGCACCAAGGUGAAGAGGCUGAAGUUGAGGAGACGGUUACGCCUGAGAUCCAAAAUACCACCAAGAAGAUAGCAACAGCCUCGUCAAGAGCCCGCAAGACUUCAUCAUACAACCUCCUCCACGCCCUCCUGCACUUGCACUCCUUCCUCGGUCUCUUCCUCCUGGCCUUCCUCCCGCCCCUCUCCUCGCCCUUCAUUCUUUUGCUCUCCGGGCCACAAUGGCUUGCCACAUCAGCUCCGCGCACGCUUGCUGCCUAUGCUGUCUUUCUGCCCGUACUGGGCUGGUCGGGAAUCCUCGAAGGGUUCCUGCAGAGCACGGCAGGUCGGGAUCAAUUGAGGAGGUACAAUGGGGUGAUCUUGGGAUCAAGUGCGACGUUUGGGGCUUCGCUCUGGGGGUUGACCAGGGUGGUGAGCACAGAAGAGGCGCUUGUUCUGGCCUCAGCAGCGGCGAUGGCUGUGCGAGCGGCAUACGGUUGGCGCCAUGCUCGAGAGGAAGCCUUCUUCCCGCAAUUGUCCCUCGGAGGGUUGCGCCCGUCACUACCAACGCUCUGCGCUCUGGGUUUCGCAGCGAUAGUGACCAGGGCUACCUCUGUCGCGACCGCAGACGUCGCGAGCGGAGGCAUGAAGGGGCUCGCGAGCUAUGCCGGCUUGGUUGGAACAGCCGUGACGACUGGUGUCGGCUGUCUGGGUGUUGUCUACCUCUUUGACCGGCGCUCUCUCACUCAAGCCCUCUCUGCUCUCAAUGCGCAGCGAGCGAGGUGAGUGAACAGUGACGCAUGUAUGUACUUCUAGCUUUACAACAUAGAGUGAUGAUGAUGACUGCUGCAAUCCUUAGUGUAUCGCCCGCAUCGCCGCCCUGCCCUACGCGGUACCUCCCUUGACCUUCAACUUGAUGCGAUAGAAGCGCAACCCCUGUCUCCUGUACGCCUCCGUCCUCACCGGAUCGUCGUCCUCGACAUCCUCAAAGCUGAAAUGCUUCUUCAACAUGGUAAAGAAGCGCUUGUCAGCUUUCCGUCUCUUCAUGUAGCAGAACAAGAUCUCCGUC